CCCCUGACUUCCUCCGUCUCUUUGUGGCUGGCGUGGCGGACAUGCUGCAGUCGCUGUGACCGGGAGCCGCCAUCAGCCGCCAUAUUCCCGCCUCCCCGCCACCAUGCCGGCCUACUUCCAGCGCCCCGAGAACGCCCUCAAACGGGCCAACGAGUUCCUUGAAGUUGGGAAGAAACAACCAGCUCUUGACGUUUUAUAUGACGUGAUAAAGAGCAAAAAACAUCGAACAUGGCAGAAAAUCCACGAGCCGAUCAUGCUCAAGUACCUGGAGCUCUGUGUGGACCUCCGCAAGAGCCACUUGGCAAAAGAAGGUCUCUAUCAGUACAAGAACAUCUGCCAGCAGGUUAACAUAAAAUCAUUAGAAGAUGUAGUGCGAGCAUACUUGAAGUUGGCAGAAGAGCGAACUGAAGCUGCCAAGGAGUCUUCUCAGCAGAUGGUUUUGGACAUCGAAGAUCUGGAUAAUAUUCAGACUCCAGAAAGUGUCCUUCUGAGUGCCGUGAGUGGAGAAGACACUCAGGACCGCACUGACCGUCUUCUUCUGACCCCCUGGGUGAAAUUCCUGUGGGAAUCAUAUAGACAGUGUUUGGACCUGUUAAGAAAUAACUCUAAAGUGGAACGUCUCUAUCAUGAUAUUGCUCAGCAAGCCUUCAAAUUCUGUCUGCUCUACACGCGGAAGGCGGAGUUCCGCAAGCUGUGCGAUAACCUCAGGAUGCAUUUGGGUCAAAUCCAGCGACACCAUAAUCAGAGUACGGCCAUUAACUUGAACAAUCCUGAAAGCCAGUCCAUGCAUCUGGAGACCCGACUCGUUCAGCUGGACAGUGCUAUCAGCAUGGAGCUCUGGCAGGAAGCCUUUAAAGCUGUUGAAGAUAUUCAUGGGCUAUUUGCUUUGUCUAAAAAGCCACCAAAACCCCAACUGAUGGCUAAUUAUUACAACAAGGUGUCUACUGUGUUCUGGAAGUCUGGCAAUGCUUUGUUCCACGCAUCCACCUUGCACCGUCUGUUUCACCUGUCCAGAGAAAUGCGGAAAAAUCUCACGCAAGAUGAAAUGCAGAGGAUGUCAACAAGAGUCCUCCUGGCGACUCUGUCUAUUCCGAUAACUCCUGAGCGUACAGACAUUGCCAGACUCCUUGAUAUGGACGGUAUUAUUAUGGAGAAACAGAGGCGUCUAGCUACGUUACUGGGAUUGCAAUCCCCACCUACCCGCGCUGGCUUAAUCAAUGAUAUGGUCAGAUUUAAUGUUCUCCAGCAUGUGCUUAUUGAAGUGAAGGAUCUGUAUAAUUUGCUGGAGGUAGAUUUUCAUCCUCUGAAGCUAUGUGGUCGUGUGACCAAGAUUUUGGACUGGUUAAAAGAUCAAGGAGAGAAGGAAACUGAACUGCAGCAAUACAUCACUCAGCUUCAGAACAAUACCAUAUUACGUCUUUUGCAGCAGGUGGCGCAGAUAUACCAGAGCAUAGAGUUCUCUCGGCUAACCUCACUUAUUCCUUUUGUUGAUGGCUUUUUACUGGAGCGAGCUAUAGUUGAUGCUGCCCGUCACUGUGAUCUACAGGUGCGGAUAGAUCAUUCAUCCCGUACACUCAGCUUUGGUUCGGACCUUAAUUACUCUACACGAGAGGAUGCUCCACUUGGACCAUUCCUACAAAACAUGCCGUCUGAGCAAAUCCGGAACCAGCUGACUGCGAUGUCCUCUGUACUGUCCAAGGCUGUGACCGCAAUUAAACCUGCUCAUAUUCUGCAAGAAAAGGAGGAACAGCACCAGGUGGCUGUAACCGCGUUCCUGAAGAACUCCAGAAAAGAACACCAGCGCAUCCUGGCUAGACGGCAAACCAUAGAAGAAAGGAAAGAACGCUUGGAGAAUUUAAAUAUCCAGAGAGAGAAGGAGGAGCUGGAGCAGCGUGAAGCUGAACUGCAGAAGGUGCGGAAAGCUGAGGAAGAGAGACUGCGCCAGGAAGCCAAAGAGCGUGAGAAGGAGCGCAUUCUGCAGGAGCACGAGCAGAUCAAGAAGAAGACUGUGCGGGAGCGCCUGGAGCAAAUUAAAAAGACUGAGCUUGGAGCCAAGGCUUUCAAAGAUAUUGACAUUGAGAAUCUGGAGGAAUUGGACCCAGAUUUUAUCAUGGCCAAACAGGUAGAGCAACUUGAGAAAGAGAAGAAGGAGCUACAAGAGCGACUCAAGAAUCAGGAGAAAAAGAUAGAUUACUUUGAAAGAGCGAAACGUUUGGAAGAAAUUCCACUUAUCAAGAAGGCCUAUGAGGAGCAGCGAAUCAAUGACAUGGAGCUCUGGGAGCAGCAAGAGGAGGAGCGGAUAAGCACCUUACUGUUGGAACGGGAGAAGGCGGUGGAGCACAAGAACCGUCUGUCUAGGAUGGUGGAAGAUCGAGAUCUGUUUGUUGCCACCUUGAAGGCUGCACGUCAAUCUGUGUAUGAGGAGAAAUUAAGUCAAUUUCAAGAGAGGCUUGCUGAAGCAAGGAGAGUGCGCAUGGACGCACGUAAGAGGCAACGCAAGGAAGAGAGGCGAAUUAACUAUUACAGAGAGAAAGAGGAGGAGGCGGAGAGGAUAAAAGAGGAAGAGCUGAAUAGAGAGCGCGAGGAACAAGAGCGAAUUGAAAAUGAGAAACGGGAGGCUGAACAACGUGAAUAUCAGGAACGCAUUAGAAAGCUGGAGGAGCAAGAGCGCAAGAAACGCCAGAGAGAGCUUGAAAUUGAAGAGCGUGAGCGCCGCCGCGAGGAGGAAAGACGAGGCCCAGAGGAUUCCUUUAGGAAGGAUUCAUCACGUUGGGGAGAGAAAGAUCCUGAAGUAGGAUGGAGACGGGCAGUUGAUCCUCCAGAUAGUGACCGCAAAAUGCCACCUCUUGAUCGGGAAUGGCGAAGAGGAGCCCCAGAAAUUGAGAAGCCUCUUAAAUGUGAAGAUGAAGCUAAUGUGAAGAAUGAAGACGAUGCCAGUGAAAGUCAAGCACCUGGUGAAGAUGACAAGGCUCUGCAGAGAUUUGAGGAGGAUGAUGAUGAACGUGGACCUUCUCAUCAAUUUGAGGAAAAACCACGUCGUGGUCUGGGUGAUGAUAAAGGACCCCGUGACGCAGAAGAGGAACGUAGUUCAUGGCGUGGUGCUGAAGAAGAUCGCGCAUCCAAGCGUGGCUUUGACGAUGACCGUCCUCCUCGGCGCGCCUUUGACGAUGACCGUCCUCCUCGGCGUGCCUUUGACGAUGACCGUCCUCCUCGACGUGGCUUUGAAGAUGAUCGCCCUCCUCCUCCUCGACGUGGCUUUGAGGAUGAUCGCCCUCCUCCUCCUCGACGUGGCUUUGAGGAUGAUCGCCCUCCUCCUCCUCGACGUGGUUUUGAGGAUGAUCGCCCUCCUCCUCCUCGACGUGGCUUUGAGGAUGAUCGCCCUCCUCCUCCUCGACGUGGCUUUGAGGAUGAUCGCCCUCCUCCUCCUCGACGUGGCUUUGAGGACGAUCGCCCUCCUCCUCCUCGGCGUGGCUUUGAGGAAGAUCGCCCUAUUCGACGUGGUUUUGAAGAUGACCGCCCACCUCGCCGCGGCUUUGAGGAUGAUCGUCCUGCUCGACGUGGAUUUGAAGAAGAUAGAGGCCCUAGGAGAGGUUUUGAUGAGGAUAGGGGACCAAGACGAGGGUUUGAUGAAGAUAGAGGCCCUCGACGUGGCUUUGAUGAUGACCGCACCCCACGUCGUGGGUUUGACGAUGAACGUACUCCACGCAGAGGCUUAGACGAAGAUCGUGGAUCCUGGCGUGGUGGGGAAGAUGACAGGGGUCCAAGGCGCGGUGUCGAUGAUGACCGAGAUCUUACACCCUGGAAGCCAGUUUCAGCAAGUCGACCAGGUGGUUGGCGUGAACGUGAGAAAGCGCGAGAAGACAGUUGGGGCCCACCACGAGAAUCCAAUCCUUCAGAAGAUCGUGAAUGGUCGAGAAGAGAAGGGAAGGAUCCAGAACCUGAACCAGUAAAACGCCCUGUCAGAGAAGAGUCUGGGUGGAGAAAAGGAACAGAGGAUUCCUUGAGUACAAAGACACCAGGAGAUAAUGACCGAGAUGAAGAUAGUCGUGAAAAGAAAAGACCUCUAAAGUCAGAUCGAGAAGAACCAAACCAGUGGCGGCGUGGUGAAGAAAAGGAAAGUCGCUCAGAAGAACGCAGCACACCUCGGCGAACUGCUCCUGUAGAGAGGGAGAAAAGCUCAUGGCGCACAGACAAGAAAGAGGAUAAGGAUGGUCCUCGCCGUACAAAAAUUGAAACCGAUGAGGAAGGGUGGACAACUGUGCUGCGGCGCUAGGUCAACACUCGACUUGCUGCAGCUUAUCCAAUGAUAAAUAAAAUCCUUCUAAGAAUCAA